GCCUCUUCCGUCCUCCCAUACGACCUUGACCACUUUGUAUGGAUUCUGAGAGUAACUCUGGCGAACGAAAACGACAGACACCUCUACCUUAUGGCCAGCUCAUUCUUUUGCUUUUAAUUCAAUCUUCGGAGCCAAUUACUGCGACCGUGAUUUAUCCUUUUAUCGCCCAGCUUAUUCGCAGCACUGGAAUCACGAAGGGGGAAGAAGCGAAAGUCGGAUAUUAUGCUGGGAUUAUUGAAUCUAUUUUCUUCAUAUCUGAAAGCCUCAUAUGCUACCAGUGGGGUCUUGCGUCCGAUAAGUUUGGGAGAAGACCGAUAUUAUUGCUGGGACCUCUCGGGUUGGCUAUCGCGAUGACAGGGUUCGGAUUGUCUCACUCUUUUUGGUCGUUGGUGGUUUUUAGGGCAGCGCAGGGUGUCUUCAAUGGGAAUAUUGGUGUCUCGAAGACCGUUAUGGCUGAAUUGACCGAUUCCACCAACAGGGCAGAUGCCUUCAUGCUCAUUCCAAUCAUGUGGGCUUGUGGUGUGACCAUAGCUCCCAUGAUGGGUGGUUUUCUAGCUGAGCCCGCAAAAAGCUGGCCUAACUUCUUUGGGAGGAUACCACUGUUUGUGGACUAUCCAUAUUUCCUGCCAUGUUUUGUUACUGGGUUAUACGCGUUCAUGACAUUUGUCAUUCCUCUGUUCGGCUUGAAAGAGACUCAUCCCUCCUUCAAAGCCAAAACUCAAGUCCUAGCGGACACUGGUGACCUUACCUCUCAAACACCUCUUCUUGCCGACCGUAAUGACCACAGCUACGAUGCAACGCGAAAUCAAUCUUCGCCGACGAAUUGUACGACCGCUACCACGACCGCUGCCCCAUCGAUCUUUAACCCGACGCUGACAAUCGUCCUCGUCAACUACAGCUUCCUCACAUUCACCGACAUGGCAUAUGCUGUUAUUAUCCCAAUCCUCUACUCGACCUCCAACUCCUUGGGAGGUCUCGCCUUCUCGUCGAAACGAAUCGGCGCCAUACUAGAUACUGAAAAGAAUAGGAGCGAGAAAGAUGUAUCAGAUCGCCUAUCCUAGCGUCGCCAUCCCCAUUUUGAUGCUCAUGUGCGAACAGUUCCUUGUGAACAAGUAUGGGAAAGUGACCGUUGGGGUUUGGGUGGCGAUCGUGAUUCAAUUUACUGUCGUUACACUGAUUAAUACAGCGUAUAGUGCUAUAACUCUGUUAGUCGUUGAUGCCGCGACGCCAGGAACAUUAGGGGCUGUCAACGGGUUAGCUCAGAUGCUUGCGUCGGGCUUCCGAGGCCUUGCACCGUCUGUAGCAUCUUCGUUGUUUGCGUUAUCGCUAGAUUCGCAAAUCGCUGGAGGGUACUUUGUUUAUAUCGUUCUUCUUGGGGUUGUGAUCGCUGGGAUGACGUGUACCCUCAUGCUUCCCCGAAGUUUGUCGUAAAAAUGGGAUUUUGGGUAGUAGUGGUUUCGGAGAAUAUGUCAAGAUUUAGAAAAAAAAACAAUGUUGGAAAACUUUGAGUAGACUCAACACCUGUCCCGAAAUUUGAGAGUAAAUAAUUUAUCUGUGAAGCUCGAACAGGUC